AUGAGUGGAACUUUUCACUUAUAUCUAUUUCGUAAUGAUCUCGGCUUGGAUAUGGACCCCCAAGCAAUUCACAUUGUGGAUGACAAUGCUCCUGGGAAUGCCCUUUGCACCCACGCAGCAUACAGCAGGAGCUAUUCAAGCGCAUCUUCAUCUUCGUCUUCUUCUCUGUCAUCCUCUUCUUCAGGACCCUCGAGAUGGAAUCCAGAGAUGAUUGAAACGACGCAAGGUCCCAUUUCUUCUUCCAGAAGAACAUCCAGCAUCUGCCCGCCCAGUUUGCCAUGCCGAUGUGCAGAUGAUUCCAGCAUGGACUCAGAUGAGAAAAGGUGGUCCAGCAGUCCAACCACGGCCAACAAAGACAAGCAAGCUUUCCUCGAAGAACAUCUCAAUAGGCAGAUGAUCAACAAUGAAGGAGUUUGCUUGGCAUCCGAAGCAUCAUCUCCACAAGAGGCAUCUACACUCUCACAACGACAGCCAGCGGGGAGGCAAUGUGAGCAAAAGUCACCAACAGAGGAAGCCGGGACAGUCGACCCCGGGAUUUUCAGCGAAGGCUGA